AAAAUUUUGUGGAAGAAUUUGUCUCUUCCUAGUGUUUCCCUAAUUCUGAAAUCAACAAUGUCUCCAGAAAACAUAUAUAUACUUGAAGAAUGGGAAAAGAAGAUGAUUGCACAGAUGGGAAUCAGCGAAUUUGAAUUGUACAAAAAAGCUUUGUUUGAAAAUGGUUAUCGUUUGCAUAGCUGCAUUAAAAGUUUUCUUGAAGGUCAAAUGAAUGUUAAUAUAUCUCCAUCAAUUGAAGGGUACUGGAAUAGUGUUCAGCAUGUUCUAGAAGAAAUUGAAGAUACAAUUGCUCUAGAAUUGCCUGUUCAGAACACAAAUCUUAAUUAUAAAGGAAUUCUUGAUGGUGUUUUUGUUUAUAAAAAAAAAUUGUGUGUGGUAGAAUGGAAGACAUCAAAAAGACUGAAAUCAUCAUUAGAUAAAACGUUUGACAAUCCAUUACAACUUGUUGCCUAUUUAGCAGCAUUUAAUCAACAGUUAUUUCAUCCUGAUUUUGUAAAAUAUAAGCAGAAAAUUGAAAAAAUUAAUUUACAAACUGCUUUUAUCGAAAACUGUUUAUUAGUAAUCACGUAUGAGGAUGGCACAAAAGCUGAUGUACAUCACAUGAACAGAGAAAUAUGUAACAAAUAUUGGGAAGAUUGGUUACAGAGACUACAUAAGUAU